GUGGGAGUCCCGCAGCAAAUCUGUUGGUUCUACUUCUUCUUGUGGAGCUGGUGCUGCUGCCCGGCCCCCCCUCGCGGCUGCCGCUAAGCCCUGCAGAAGCAGCAGCAGCAGCUGCUGCUGCUGUGCUGCUGCCAGCAACUAAUCCAGGGGGCAGGCCGCCGGGAAUGAGUGCAAGCUCAAGGCGUCGACGGCUGGCUAAGGCGCGUGCUGCAGCAGAAGCAGCAGCAGCAGCAGCAGCAGCAGAAGCAGAAGCAGCAGCAGCAGGACUUGACCCAGAGGCAGCAACUGUCGACACAAGUGCCUGGCAAGACCAGCAGCAGCCGCAGCAGCAGCAGGUGCUGCUGCUCGACCAAACUGGGGCCCAUAACUGUUCUUGGGGAGACAGCAGAGAUAGUGCUGCAGCCCUGCUGCUGCUGCCGCAGCAGCCGUCUGCUGCAGCAGCAGCAGCGUCAGCAAGAGCUGUUGCGCUUGCGGAAGCCUGCCAGCAGCAGUCUGCUGCCUGGGCAGCAGCAGAAGCAGCAGCAGCAGCAAAAGUGCAGCAGCGAAUUGACCGCGAAAGACUUGUUAUGGCUGCGGCCUGCGGCACACCCGCUGCUGCUGCUGCUGCUGCAUUUGUGAAGCAGGAGGGGACCGGAGAGGAGAGCGAAGCAGAUGCCACCACAGCAGCAGGCAGCAGCAGCAGCAGCAGCAGCAGCAGCAGCGUGUUGUCUGCGCAGGACCAGCACGUGCUGGUUGUGGGCGGCGGCGAGGCGGAGUCUCUAUGGGUGUGUCCUGAUGGGCAAGUCAAGCGGACCGCAGCAGCAGCAGCAGCAGCAGCAACAGCAGAAGGCAGCUCUCGCGAGAAGAAGCUGCAGCAGGCGCUGCAGCCCUUUCUGGCCUACUGGAAAGUCAGGGAAGAAAGAGCAGAAAUUGAUCCUUAUGGCAGCAUAACGAGGGCGCUGGAACUGCUGCAGCAGCAGCGCGGCGACAGUCCUGCAGCAGCAGCAGCAGCAGCUGCAGCAGCAGCAGCAGCAGCAGCAGAGCAUACAGAGUGGCUCUACACGAAAGGCAACGAGGUCGCCCUUGAUGCCCUUUCUUCUAGUCUUUCAGCUGCAGCUGCUGCUGCUGCAGGCGAGCAGCAGCAGCAGCUGCAGCACCCUGUGCCGCAGGGCGGCGAGGAGAGCAACGGCAGCGACUGCAGCCGAAGCAAAGGCGGCGCCACGCUGAACUCUCAGCCCUGCAGCAACUUUAGCAGCAACUGCACAGACGGCAGCAGCAGCAGCAGCAGCAGCAGCAGCAGCAGCAGUAGCAGCAGUAGCAGCAGCAGCAGCAGUAGCAGCUGGACGACGGACGACUGGGCUAGCGCCCUCAGCGCGCAGAAGGAGAAGGUACUGGCUUUGUCAAAAGCAGCAGAUGAUGUUGAGGAGCGGCUGCUGCUGCUGCAGCAGCAGUUUCCUUGGUCGGCAGCACUUAACUGCUGCUUCUUCUCGGGGGCCCCCGAAGCAGCAGAAGGGGGCCUCGCGCGGCAGCUGCAACGCCGUUUGCUGCAGCUGGGCGUGCUGGGAGACGCAGAUCCUGCUGCUGCUGCAGCAGCAACUGCUGCUGCUGCGGCUCCAGCUCUGCCGCCCGCAGCUACGGCGAAAGGCAGCAGCAGCUCUCAAGGGCAGGCAGUGAGGCCCGCAGGCAGUAGCCGCAGCGCCAGCGUAGCAGCAGCAGCUGCAGCAGCAGCAGCAGCAGCUGCAGCGUCGCCAGCUGCUUCGUUUACUUCUGGCAGCAGCGACCGCAGACCCUAUUCGCAUGUGCCUGCUACUCAAGAGGAAGACACGUCGCUGCAGCAGCUGCCUCCGCCGCAGCAGCAGCAGCAGCAGCAUAGCUUGCUGCACCAAGGAGAGUCUCCCUCGAGGCACAUGAGCUUGGCUGCUGCUGCUGCUGGUCCACCCCUGCAGCAGCAGCAGCAGCAGCAGCAGCAGCACAGCCAGCAUAUCGCAGGGUCGCAGCAGAUGCAGGAUCAGCUGCUGCAACAGCAGCAGCAGCUACAUCUCCUGCCUAAGCAGCAGCAGCUUCCGGCGCAGCCGCCUGCUGCAGGGCUGCAGCAGCCACCGCAGGAGCAGCAACAACUCCUGCAGCAGCAGCAGCUGUUACACCAAAAAGCUGCAGCAGCAGGUGGCGCUGCAGCAGUAUCUACAGCACCUGAUUUGUUUUCAACCCCACAGCAGCAGCAGCAGCACUUGAUGCCGCAGCAGGGGUACAUAAUGGGCCCUCAGCCGCUGCAGCAGCAGCUGCAGCAGCAGCUGCAGCAACCGAGCGGGGAGCCAGCAGUGUUUGGGCGCAUGCACAUGGGGCUGCCCUUUACAGAAGAGCAGCAGCAGCACCAGCUGCUGCAGCAGCCAUUCCAGCAGCACCAACCGCAAGCACUGCAGCAGCAGCCGCAGCAGCAAAUAGCACAGCAGCAACUGCAGCAGCAGCCGCAGAUGCCAGUGCAGCGCCAGCUCAUGAUGCACUACCCGGUGCAGCAGCAACAGCAGCAGCAAGAUUUGCUGCUUUUGCCUCACGUGCAGCAGCAGCAAUUUCCCUUGCCCCAGCAGCAGCAGCA